UAUCUGAUCUGAAAAUUCUAAUUGUAGUCGCCUUGAUCGCAGAUAUUUUAAAGUUUUUUAUGAGAAAUGAUUACUGCGGUAAUUUUUGUGCUUCUUAUUUCAAUACACGUCCACGCAGAUACACUACUGUGGUCAGAUGAAUUUGAUGGUCCUGCAGGACAAGUGCCUGAUUCAACGAAAUGGAAAUACGAUACAGGAGGCGGAGGUUGGGGAAAUCAAGAGCUUGAGUACUAUACAGAAUCGAAUAUGAAUGCUGCCCUUGAUGGCAACGGCAACCUUGUGAUUACAGCCCGGCAAGAAAAUAAUAAUAAUUAUGAAUGUUGGUACGGUCGAUGUCAGUACACGUCAGCUCGAUUACUAACUGCUGGUAAAUUCAGUCAAAAGUAUGGAGCCAUUGAGGCGCGCAUAAAAAUACCCAAAGGACAGGGUUUAUGGCCAGCAUUCUGGAUGCUCGGUGACGAUAUCUUCCAAGUGGGCUGGCCACAAUGUGGUGAAAUUGAUAUUUUGGAGAAUAUUGGACGAGAACCUCUAGCAAUUCACGGUACUCUACAUGGACCGGGAUAUUCAGCAGCCGACGGUCUAACGAGUACUUAUCGUCUGCCGAAUAAUCAACCAUUCGCUGACGAUUUUCAUGUAUACAGAGCAGAUUGGACAUCGAAUUCUAUAUCAUUUUCAGUUGAUGGCCAUCAAUAUGUUACAAAAUCACCAUCCGAUACUCCUCCUGGUAAGAAAUGGGUCUUCGAUCAUAACUUCUUCAUCAUUCUUAAUGUAGCAGUAGGUGGCGGAUGGCCUGGACCACCUAAUUCAAAGACAGUUUUCCCACAGUCCAUGAUAAUCGACUAUGUGAACGUGUAUUCAACAGAUACUGGUAACGAUGAGACAAGAGGUAUUGCACAUCGAUGUGAUGAUGUGCUCGGAACCGGAAGGGAAAAUUUAACACUAGUUCAACUUAAUGAUUGUGAUAGAAGUUUUCUGUAAGAAUGGGGCGGAGGUACAGCUUCAAACUGCAAAGUGGAUGGACAGCAGUCAAAAGAUAUGCUUAGAAUUUAUAUAGAUUGAUGUAAGAAUAGGAAAUAUUCACGGAUUGUAAUGAAAAAAUUAAAUUAAUUGGUGAACUGAUAUUAAGGAAAUGAAAAAUUCAU